AUGGGGCUCUCUGGCGUUCUUUCUACAGGACAAGAAGUUGUUCUCAACUGUAACAUUGAGAAACCUGAAGGCCAUUAUGUUCACUGGUACAAACAGCUGCCUGGUGGGACUCCUCAGUAUAUUCUAAAAUUUUACCAUGAGCACAGUUCACCCAGCUUUGGAGCAGGAUUCUCCUCAGACAGAUUCAACUCUAAAUCUACAUCAAACAUAGAUUAUCAGCUUGUUAUCAAACAGGCAGAGACAGCAGACUCUGCAGUGUAUUUCUGUUGCACAUGGGAUAGCUCUGCUAGUGAGCACGUAUUCGGACAAGGAACCAAGCUGAUUGUAACAAGCUCCAGUCUCUCUGCUCCUGUCCUGACAGUCUUCCCUCCGUCCAGUUCUGAGCUCCAGUCCAGCAAAGUCACUCUGGUCUGUCUGUCCAGUCAGUCUGGGCCUUUUUCAGAUGUGAGCUGGUUGCUUGCUGGGAGUCCAGUAAGCAGUGGGAUCUCUACCAGCACUGCUGUUCAGAGACCAGACCAGACUUUCCAGAUCAGCAGCUCUCUGACCAUCCAGACAUCAGACUGGAACAUGAACAAGGUUUACACAUGUAAAGUGUCUUUGGGCUCCCAGACUGCAGAGAAAACCAUCAACAAGUCUGAAUGUCCUGCUGAUGAAUAGAAGAGGACCACAACCAUCAUUAAACCUGCUUCUCACUGUUUGUGCUGUUUGCUCAUUAAAAGCUUUUUAAUGUUGGAAACUUAUUCUUCCCUCUGUGUUGAAAGAGUUGUCAAAUUUUUGUUUUGCAUUUGUAGCAUUUGAUUUAAAAAAAAGAUAAACAAAUAAACAACUUUCUG